AUGCGCGCGAACAAGCUGAUCGAUUACUCCAUGAUGCUCGGGCUGCACACGCGACGGAGGGAGGGAGAGGAGGCUGUCGCGGAGGGCGACAGUCCGGGUCGGGGUCCGGGUUAUGGGCUCAAACCCGGUCCGGGUCCGCGCGCGUCCGUCUCCGACGACGACGCCGCGGCGACGACGGCCCCCGGGGCGCCGCCGUCGUCGCCGGAGGGCGGCGACGCGCCCGACGACCAGUCGAGCACGCCGCCGGGUCCGAACACGGCCGCGCGGUUGGAAACGUACCGACGGCGCGUGGACGGCAAAGUCGGCCCGUUUAGCGCCUCCGUCGAAGAAGACGAGACGGCGAUGUUUCAACUCCGCGCGCUCGAGACCCCGGACGGGCUGGCGUACCUCGGGAUCAUCGACAUAUUGACGCAGUACGGCGGCGCGAAAGCGAUCGAGAACUUUUGCUGCGGGGUCGUCGCGGGCUGCGGCGCGGACAUCUCGUGUCAGCCGCCUCGGAAGUACGCGCGUCGAUUUUUGCGUCUCAUCAACAAGAUGUUGAAACCGCCGGAGAAGGACGGCGCGGAGUGGGAAGAGCGCGGCGACGGCGCGGUGAGGAAGCUCGAGUGGAGAUGA